CGUGCACCACCGCCAUUUAGCAACAACGCCGCCGCCGCCGCCGCCAUCGCCACCGCUCAUGGCCUCCGCUUCGCUGCAUCUCCAUGGAUCUCUCCUCGUCUCCGGCCCUCGCCGCAGCUCCUUCACACGGAUCUCUCCACCGAUGAUCAGUAGAUGGAGCUCCAAGUCUUCGAAGAUGACGCUGCGGGCGUCCACCGAGGAUCUACGCCUCGAGAUCGAUGAGAAUCCAGAGGGAAUCAUCUCCGGCGAAUGGGAGGGAAACUUCUCGAUCCUCACCUACUCCGAUCUCAAAGCAUACCUUGAAUCCCAGACCAUGCCUGACCAUAAGAUCACACCCACGGCGGUGCUCGGGGAGGUGAUGUCGUCGCCGAUCAGGACGGCGACGGUGGAUCAGAGCUUGGAGGAGAUCGAACAUCACUUCGAGUUCGUCUCCGGGCUUCCGGUCGUCGACGGCGAUGUCCGUUGCGUCGGCGUCGUUUCUCGCAAGGAUUUCUCUAGAGCUUCUCACGGGCUGAAAUCCAAGGUUGGUGAAGUCAUGUCAUCUCCAGCUAUCACAUUAUCUCCUGACAAGACAGGCUUAGAUGCUGCAGCUCUGAUGCUUAAAAUGAAGGUUGAUAGGAUUCCAAUUGUGAACCAGAAAGGGCAAACCAUUGGUAUAGUGGCUCGGAGUGACGUAUUCCCAGCGCUGGAGGCACAGGAAGCAUAGUUUUUAUAUCUAUCAUAACUGCAGCCUUUUUGUACAGUCUUUUUGUCUUGCUGUAUAAUGUGUAUCUUGUGUGUGAUGUGUUGUAAUGUAUAUCCAUAUAUUUCUCUAUUCUUAGUAUAAACUGUGUUUGUUCUAGGACUUGUAAAUCAAUGGUCCUUCAUAGAGGUUUGUACUAAUACUUCUUGUCAAACUUGAGCAGUUUCAACGUUGUAAAUCAAGAAUUCUGUUAUUACUAAUGAUAUAAGAACCGCUAUAAUCUCAAAAUA